CCGCCGCCUCCCCGCGCCGCUCGGCCGCCGCCUCCUCCGCUCGCCUCCCGGCUGCUGCCUGCGGGAAGAAGCCUCCAUGCGCCGCGAAUGGCCGGGGCGCAGCCAGGGGUCCACGCUCUCCAGCUGCGGCCGGUCUGCGUCUCCGCCAGCCUCAAGAAGGGCGCCGCCUUCGCCAAGUGGGACGAUGACUCCACAAGUGUGACAUCAGUUUUUCUUCGAACGGACCCACAAGGAUUUUUCUUGUAUUGGACAGACCAAAAUAAGUUGCAGGAGACAGAGCUGUUAGAUGUCAGCAUUGUUAAAGAUGCCAGGUUUGGGAAACAUGCCAGAGCUCCUAAGGACCCGAAACUACGUGAACAUCUGGAAGGAGGGAAUGUUGGAGGAAGACUGGAGAACCGAAUGCUUACAAUUGUGUAUGGCCCUGACCUAGUCAAUAUAUCAUACUUGAAUUUAGUAGCUGCUCAAGAAGACAUAGCAAAGGUAUGGGCAGAAGAAGUCUUCAGUUUGGCUACCAACUUGCUGGCACAGAACAUGUCGAGAGAAGCUUCUCUGCAAAAAGCUUACACAAAGCUCAAGCUGCAAGUCACAACGGAGGGACGUAUCCCUUUGAAGAACAUUUAUCGCUUGUUCUCCACGGACAGAAAGCGUGUUGAGACGGCGCUGGAAGCUUGCAACCUUCCUUCUGCCAGGAAUGAUUCAAUUCCUCAAGAGGACUUCACCCCGGAAGUAUACAGAGAGUUCUUGAGCAACCUGUGUCCUCGGCCUGAAAUUGAUCACAUCUUCGUAGAGUAUGGUGCCAAGACCAGACCGUAUCUUACUGUUGACCAGAUGAUGGAAUUUAUAAACUUGAAGCAACGAGACCCACGCUUAAAUGAAAUUCUCUAUCCACCUUUGAAGCAAGAACAGGUUCAACAGCUGACUGAGAAAUAUGAACCCAAUAAGAGUCUGGCUAAGAAAGGGCAGAUAUCAGUGGAUGGAUUUAUGAAUUACUUGAGUGGAGAGGAGAAUGGAGUGGUUCCUCCUGAAAAACUGGAUUUGAACGAAGAUAUGACCCAGCCUCUGUCGCACUAUUUGAUCAACUCCUCGCAUAACACCUACCUCACAGCUGGACAGCUAGCUGGUAACUCUUCCGUGGAGAUGUAUCGCCAAGUGCUAUUGUCCGGCUGCCGCUGUGUUGAGUUGGACUGCUGGAAAGGCCGAACGGCUGAAGAGGAGCCAGUCAUCACACACGGGUUUACCAUGACAACUGAAAUAUCGUUUAAGGAAGUCAUAGAAGCUAUUGCUGAAUGUGCAUUUAAGACAUCGCCUUUUCCCAUCCUCCUUUCAUUUGAAAAUCACGUUGAUUCUCCUAAACAGCAGGCAAAAAUGGCAGAAUAUUGCAGAUUAAUAUUUGGCGAUGCUUUGCUGAUGGAGCCACUGGAAAAAUAUCCACUUGAACGUGGCAUUCCCCUUCCAAGUCCGGCUGACCUGAUGUACAAAAUCCUGGUGAAGAAUAAAAAAAAGUCCCACAAGUCUGCAGAUGGUAGUGCUAAGAAGAAGCUCGCAGAACAGGCUUCAAAUGCAUGCAGCGAUGCCUCGAGUGGGUUUGAGCCCUCAUCUCCUGGAGCAGGGGAAGCAGAGAUAGAGAGCGACGAUGAUGAUGACUUCGAUGAUGACUGCAAAAAAUCAUCAAUGGACGAAGGAACAGCUGGAAGUGAGGCCAUGGCUACUGAAGAAAUGUCCAACUUGGUGAAUUAUAUACAGCCUGUGAAGUUUGAAUCAUUUGAGACAUCUAAAAAACGGAACAAGAGUUUUGAAAUGUCUUCCUUUGUGGAAACCAAAGCACUGGAGCAGCUCACAAAAUCCCCUGUUGAGUUUGUGGAGUAUAACAAAAUGCAGCUGAGUCGAAUUUAUCCAAAAGGGACGCGUGUGGAUUCAUCAAAUUACAUGCCCCAGCUGUUUUGGAAUGCAGGCUGUCAGAUGGUUGCUCUGAAUUUCCAAACUGUUGAUUUGUCUAUGCAAAUAAAUAUGGGCAUGUAUGAAUAUAAUGGCAAAUGUGGGUACAGACUAAAACCAGAGUUCAUGAGAAGACCAGACAAACAUUUCGACCCCUUUACUGAAGGCAUUGUGGAUGGAAUCGUAGCAAACACUUUGUCCGUGAAGAUUAUUUCUGGACAGUUCCUUUCUGAUAAAAAAGUUGGGACUUACGCAGAGGUGGACAUGUUCGGUCUGCCUGUGGAUACAAGGCGGAAAGCUCUCAAGACCAAGACCUCCCAAGGCAAUGCUGUAAAUCCUGUAUGGGAAGAUGAAGUCAUAGUGUUUAAGAAGGUGGUUUUGCCUUCCCUAGCAUGCCUGAGGAUAGCAGUAUAUGAAGAAGGAGGGAAAUUCAUUGGUCAUCGGAUAUUGCCGGUUUCAGCGAUUCGACCAGGUUAUCACUACAUCUCCCUGAGGAAUGAGAGGAAUCAGCCCUUGAUGCUGCCAGCCUUAUUCAUAUACAUAGAGGUUAAAGACUAUGUACCCGAUACUUAUGCAGAUGUUAUCGAAGCAUUAUCCAACCCAAUCCGAUAUGUGAACUUAAUGGAGCAGAGAGCAAACCAGUUGGCAGCUUUGACUCUGGAGGAUGAAGAGGAAGUCAAAAAAGAGGCUGAUCAGGGAGAUUUGCCUUCAGAAGCCCAGAACGAACCGAAGCCUGCACCAGCUGAAAAUGGAGUAAACUACACCACUUCCCUCACCCCUAAACCAUCCACUCAGGUUGUUCCCAGCCAACCAGCACCAAGUUCUGUGAAAGUGCCAGCAAAAACGGAAGAUCUUAUUCAGAGCGUCCUGACAGAAGUUGAAGCACAAACAAUUGAGGAGCUGAAACAGCAGAAAGCCUUUGUGAAACUUCAGAAGAAGCACUACAAAGAAAUGAAGGAUCUUGUGAAGAGACACCACAAAAAAACCACUGAUAUCAUAAAAGAGCAUACUGCAAAAUACAAUGAAAUCCAAAAUGAUUACAUGCGACGGAGAAUGGUUUUGGAGAAAGCAGCUAAAAGGGACAAUAAGAAAAAAGGUGAGACGGCCAGUCCUGACCACGGCUCUUCGACCGUUGAGCAAGAGUUGACUGCUCUGGAUUCAGAAAUGACCCAGAAGUUGAUAGAACUUAAGGAAAAGCAACAGCAACAGCUUCUGAAUCUGCGACAAGAACAGUAUUACAGCGAAAAGUACCAGAAGCAGGCGCACAUUAAACUGCUCAUUCAAAAGCUGACAGAUGUUGCCGAGGAGUGCCAAAGCAGUCAGUUAAAGAAACUGAAAGAGAUCUGUGAAAGAGAAAAGAAAGAGUUGAAAAAAAAGAUGGACAAGAAGAGGCAAGAGAAAAUCACAGAAUCUAAAUCAAAGGAUAAAAAUCAGGUGGACGAGGAGAAGACAGAAAUGAUUCGAUCAUAUAUUCAGGAGGUCGUACAGUACAUUAAAAGGCUUGAAGAUGCUCAGAGUAAAAGGCAGGAAAGACUUGUGGAGAAGCACAAGGAGAUCCGCCAGCAAAUACUGGACGAAAAACCCAAGUUACAGGCUGAACUUGAGCAAGAAUACCAAGACAAAUUCAAAAGACUCCCGCUGGAAAUUCUGGAAUUUGUACAGGAAGCAAUGAAAGGCAAAAUUAGCGAAGAUGGAGACCACAGCUCUACCCCUUCUUUGGCAUCUGAUGGUGGGAAGCAGAACCAUAAACCAUUGCAAAACGAAGAGCCGGAAGAUAAUCCAGGGAAAGAAUUUGAUACCCCUCUCUAACAACUCCUGCCAGGCCAUGUGCCAAAAUUAACGUGGCGUUGCACAUCACCACAUUGUUCCUCAGAGACUGUCCUUUUGUGAGUGGCCACCAGGCAACCCCUGGUAUAGAAGACAUCCAUAGGGACAAGGGUGUGUUCAUAAGAGCAGCGAGUUGAGUGGAUAUGUCAUAACGUUGUUUGUAGACCUUUGUCGUAGCAGCACACAUUAGUUGACCGGCACGACGCUUUCCUAAGCCCGUUGUGCACUGGCAUUUUGCAAGCCAUGUGCAGUCCACUGGAGCUUUCUAUGAAGACCAGUGUGGGGGUUUUGUGCGUGAUCCUCCCCUGUGUGAAUCAACAAUGCAAAACGUUUCACUCAAACUGUCACCCUUCAGCCCUUUGAUUCGUCCUCUGUAAAUGCGUCCUGAAGCUUGUACCAUCUUACUUAGUUUUAUUUUCCUUGGCAAACACCACCAGCUGCUUGCUGUGUUGACCGUAUAUCAGAAUUACCUGUUCCUAAGUUGUCUCCCUGAAACUUUGAUAAUGUGCAUAUGUUUCUAAAAAAGAUCUAUAUUUGUUCCCUAGGAGUAUACAUGUGUUUGUAUAUGCUUCGUACUGAUGUGAAUUCACAUAGAGAUGGGCAUAGACACACACAUGCAUACACGCCAUUGUAUGCACAGAACACACAAUAUUCUUGCCAGGAGUCUCUUCUCAUGAUGAACUGAAAAAGCAUCAGGAAUAAAGAGACUUAACAUUUCUGCCUCAGUGAUAACUGUUGUCACUGCCAAGUCGUUUGGAGAUCACAAGAAUCUUUGUGUCGUACAUUGGUUUUAAAAUAUAAAUUUUGCGGAUCGUUUUCAGUUAUUUUAUCAUUGCAAUCAUAUGUUUGAAUUCUGAAAAUGUUUUGUAUCUUAUCUAACAUACAGACACUUCCGUAGUUUUAAAAACUGUACAGUUUGCAUGUGGGAAAUGCCAUUUCCAGAAUGCGUAUACGAAACAGAUCUGUGAGGGGAGGGGUCAAAAUUAUUCAGACGGAAGGUAGAGGGAUGUGGAAAGAGAGCUCUGGAGUUCUGAUCCUGAAGUUUAUUUAUACGGCUAAUCUUCAAAAAGGUUAUGAUCCCGCUAAACUCAAUAGAAACUUCUUUCGGGGUAAUAUUGAAACACUAAAUUUUUAGUCGUACGUGACAGCAUUUGUGUAGUUUGUUUUCCUUCGGGAGCUCAGUAGAAAUAACUUACUUUAUUUAAAUGUAAGCAAUAAAUAGAGAUCAAACGAGUUUUGAGUUAAAUGCUAAGUGUACAUAGGGAAAUUAAAACUUUGGCUGAACAGUAUUUUUUUAGCUUAAUUUACAACACGCAUGAAGAAAUGUUGUACACUGUUUGAAGAGUAAAUACACAAUACAGUGUCCUCUGCUUACAAUGCCUGGAGUAAUUUAGAGGGUGUGACUCUAAACAGACUUCCUUUUGAUUGUAAGAAUAUGACUCCUGCCAUUUUAUUCAACUUUUUGCACUUUGAAGAUCAAUAUUAAUCACUGAGAGAGAAAAAAACAACCUUUAAAGGUCAAAAGUUUAAUGCUGCAUUUUAUAAGAUAAAGGUAAAAUAAAUUGUUUUCAGUUAGGCAGGAUAUAAUAUAAUAGCAGUAUUCACAAGAAUUAUACGACUAUUUCCUUUGACAUGCGUGUGUACAGUGCAGCUUCAAAAUAGUCUAGGAGAAAUUCCAGUGAGCUUUUUAAUUUAUGGGUUUUUUUUAAGUUAAUGGUUCAACAAGAGUAUAUUAUCACCUAUAGUUGAGUUUUUAGUAUAUUUGUAUUUUACCAUUGACUGCACACACACACACACACACCUGUACAGUGCCCUUUUUUGCAGUCGUAGUCUAAUGUGUAAGGUUGUAUAUUUUGCCUUGCUCAAACUUACAGUGAUAUAUCAUUUACCAUUAAUAUUACUUGAAAUAAAGUAAGAUGAUGAAAAGGGAGUCUAUGAUGUGAGAGUCCUGUGCCUUUUACGUAUUUGCCUUGUGGCGUGUUGAACCUGUGGAAAUAUACUUGUGGACAUUUCUGCUUUAGAGGAUAGAGCUGCGACCAACUGUGUUGAAUUCUAUCACACAUUUCACAUCUCUUCACUCUACUGAGAAUCCUUUUGUUUUUAACAAUGCAUGUGGAACUUUAGCUCAUAAAAUGCCAGACAUUUUUGCAUUGAACAUGUUUGUAAUUAAGAAGUUUAAUUUUAAAGGGACAAAGAAGGCUUUGCUUUCCUGUGAAAUUAACAUGGCUCCUGUACAUUGGUAUGAAUACUGUAUUAUGACUGGCGGAUAGGAAAACAGUAAUUUGCUUUCAGUUAGGGAAAACUCUCAUUGAACAUGUAUAUAAUAUGGUUUCUCAACCUUUUAGAUGCAUAAUUCACGUUUUUGUAAAGAUCCUAUGCAAUUUUGUGGCAUGAUGUUUCUUCCACUUGUAAUUAUGUGCUUUAAUCACAGAUCCAAAUAAAAUUUC